UGUGCGAUGAGCAGUUCCAGUGCUCCAUCUGUCUGGAGGUCUUCAUCAACCCCUCGUCUACACCCUGUGGUCACAGCUUCUGUAUGAGCUGCAUCAGCAGAUACUGGGACCAGGCCAAGGUGUGUCAGUGUCCUCUGUGUAAGAAAACUUUCCAGAAGCGUCCGGAGCUGCAGAUUAACCGAACUCUGAGGGAGAUCACAGAGCAGUUCAGAUCCAUGAGUGGAGGAGAAAGGGUAGGAGGGUUAGAGAAGAAAAGAGGAGGCAGAGGAGGAGGAGGUGACGCAGUCAUUCCAGAUGAUUUGUUCAAUGAGCUGAGGAACAAAUUUCCUCGAAACGUGACAACGACGAAGGCUGUGCCGAUCGUUGACAACCCACAGUCGCUGGAGGAGCAUUUGGUCCAGUCCCCUCUGGUGUCCUCUGUUCCCAACAGCAGUCCCAUCGCCACCGUGUUAAGCCACACCUCCUCACAGGCUCCACCUUCUUCUAACUGUGCUCGCGCUGGCAGCCGCAGGAGGUUCACGGUGAGCGGCGCUGCCAGCAGCCAGAGCGCCUCCAUCUGUGAGCUGCACAACAGAGGAAUUAUGAUCUACUGCAGGACUGAUCAGCUGUGUAUCUGUCCAGAGUGUGAGCUGCAGCAUCACCAGGAUCACGACACUGUGUCAGUCACAGAGCAGUGGAUGGAAAACCAGUCUCAGCUGAGAUUGUCUACGCAGAAAGUUCAGGACAUGAUUGGUGAGAGGAUGAAAAAGAUCGAGGAGAUCAGAACGUCAGUGAGCAAACUGGAGCUGUUGGUGGAGAAGGAGACGGCUGGCAGCGUCUGCCUCUUCUCCGCUCUGGUCUCGGCCAUCGAGCGCUCACAGGCCCAGCUGUUGGAGGUGAUGGACAUGACCAGGAGAGCGACCCAACAUCAGGCCAACGCCAUCAUCAGGCAGCUGGAGCUGGAGGUGGAGGAGCUGAGGAGUAGGGAGAGCGCCCUCCACCAGCUGACUCAGUCUGACAAUUACGUCCACUGCGUUAAAACCUUCGCCAACCUCUCGGUUCCACCUCCAACUAAAGACUGGUCUGCUGUGACCGUGAACCCUGACCUGGGAACUAAUGGCAUCUAUAGGACACUGCUGGUGGAGGUGGAAAAGUUCCAGGAGGAGCUGAGGAAUGCUGCAGAAAAAGGCUUUCCGAAUUCCGUCUUGGAUCCCACUCCAGUCCGAUCUCAACCCAGAGUGAAGAGUGUGCAAGAAUAUGCAGUGAAUGUGACUCUGGACUGUAAUACAGCUCAUCCCAGACUGGUUCUGUCUGAUGAUAUGAAGAGUGUAAAGUGUGGGGACAAACACCAGCUACUUCCAGAUAAUCCAGAGCGGUUUGACAGAGUGGUCUGUGUCCUGGGCAGAGAGGCCAUCUCCUCUGGGAGACACUACUGGGAGGUGGAGGUGGGUGGGAAGACGGACUGGGAUCUGGGAGUGGCCAAGCAAUCCAUCAACAGGAAAGGAAAAGUGGAAGUGAGUCCAUUGAAAGGAUACUGGUUUCUCAGCCUCAGAAACAAGAACAAGUACGCCUUCAGAACGGAACCUUCCACUGACGUCCACCUCAACAUGCGACCUCAGAAGAUCGGCAUCUUUGUGGACUACGAGAAAGGACAGGUGUCCUUCUACAACGUUGAAGCCAAGCUCCACAUCUACACCUUCAACGACUCCUUCAGCGAGUGUAUCUUCCCCUUCUUCAGUCCCUGCACCAACAAGUCAGGAAAGAACGAUGCUCCGCUAAUCAUCACACCUGUCUGCCUCACACACUCACACACACUCUGAAACACACACAUAUUCUGACAAAAACUGACACACUGAUAAACACACACAGAGAGAUGAUUGGAUGAUUGUUUUUGUUUCACAUAAAAAAUGUGUUAAUCCAUAAACCUGUGGCCACAGAGGAUUGAUGAUGAGUUUAUGACCAGGGAAGAGAAAUGUGAUGCAAAUACCUGUAGCAAGUGUUUUUAGAUUAACACUGACCGCAGCCCACUCAGGACACUUUUGACUUUUUUUAUAUUGUGGUAUUUUUAUGUAUUGGAAACAUGGGGGUUACAGUGGUGAAAUAGUAGGAUUCCCAGAAGGUUCUGGGUUUGAUUCCACCUCUCUUGUGAUAAGUCCUGAUCAGGGCCCCAACUCCAAUUAUUCUUCUGUUUCAUCUAAUAAAAGAAAUCAAAUGU